GAAGAAGAAGAAGAAAUACAUGACUUGUUUGUCUUGUAACUCUUGUUUGUCUUGUUCAUUUUCUCCAUUAAUGUUCUUCCUCCCCCUUCAUCUCUCUCUUCAUUAUAUAUGUCCGUGAAUAAUUAAUACACUGUACACAGCAGUUAGAGAGAGAGAGAGAGAAGGAGAGACUCUGCUAUGUUUGAGUUUGGAGGGGAGGAGCUAAUGGAGAUAGGGAUGGGGAGGUACAGGAUACAACUGCUGCUGUGGAUCCAGCUCCUCGUAAUUCUCCUCCUCCUCUUACUCCUCUUCUCUUUCUCCGUCUCUCCUUCAGAUCUGACCGCCGUCGACGCCUCCGCUUCCGCUUCCGCGCCGCCUCUCUUCACCUCCAACAACCCCUCCCGUCUUCCUCAGGCGCCGCUGCUCACCACCAACCCAACCACCGCCUCCCGCAACCCCAAGAUGGGAGAAACCUCGAGCAUGAACAAAAGUAGAAGCAGGAGCAGAAGAAGAAUGGGAAGAGAAGAAAUCCAAGAAGGGGAAAGGGAGGACAGUUCAACAACACCAUCAGAGGAUGCGAUGGCCAUGACUGUGUUUGAGCAUUCACACCACCCUUGCAAUUAUUUGAAGCUGGCUACACAGGUCUUUCUCAAGUGUUUGGGCCUGGAUUCCUCCUCUGAGGAUUCUUGAUUCUUCAACCAACCAACUACAUCUAGAGAGCAAAGACAAUUAAUUAGAUGAGAAUAUAACCAUUUCAUUUUGUUUGUAAAUGGUUCAAUACAAUUCCAGGUUGGGUGGAGACCUAACUCAUUCCAUGAAUUCCUCUUUCUUUUCUGUUUUUUUUUUUUUUUUUUUUUUUUUUUUUUUGCGGGCAGUAGAAUACCCUCUUACUUGUUGGAUCAUUUUUUUGUAUACAUACUAAUCGAGAUUCGUUUGAUGCGCAAUAUAUUUAAUGAUUCAGUUAUCUAGCUUUAAUUAAAA